UGCGUUCCUGCAGGCGAUUUACCCUACGACUACGCAUGCGAGUCUAACCAUCGCGCCACGGACUAUACGUCAUCACGAAGUACCUUAGUUUCCGACUAAAGGCACAGCAAUGCCCAUCCUUCCUCGACAAACCACCACGGACGGUGUCGUCGUGGUCCCCGCCACGUACGGCGGCUGGUCGAGCCUCCCCGCCGGCGCGAUCGUGGGCAUCACUCUUGGCGCCGUCGCCGGAUUCCUGCUCGUCCUGUGGAUGGUCUACACCUGUCUCAACUUUGGCCGGCCGGUUGAGGCCUCGUCGUCAUCCGUAUACACCGGCACCGCGUCGGUCGUCUCGGUGCGGCGGCAGCGGUCCAAGAGCCGGUAUCGACACCAUAAACACCGCAGCCCGCGGGCGAGAGUGAUUGCGACGGAGGAGGUGCGGGUCAGAGAGAGCGUGAGUAGGCCGCCGCCGGGGCCGGGGGGCAGCGGCGGUCCUAUUAUUGUUGAAGCGGCGCCGCCGCCGCCGAUGCAGGAGCGGCGGAGCUAUAGUCGGGUACCGCCGCCGAGGGUCGUGACGGACGACGAGGAGGAUGAGGUGGUUGUGAUUGAGGAGCAUUCGCCGUCGGAUAGAAGGAGACGGCGGCAUAGUAGCUCGCGGCGGCACAGUCAUCGGGGAGAGAGCCGGCGUCGGAGCCGGGACUACUGAGGUUUGGCGUGCCUACCUGACGUCCAAGAUCGCGUUGUUCUUUUCUCUUCUUUUCAAGCGACUGGAUUAGUGUUGGGACCGUUUUUGUAAUAGAUUCU